AUGUUCGGAUCGCAGCAUUAUAUGGACGCCGCCGUGCCCGACCUGCCUAAGAAGCGGGGCCGAGACGACGAGCAGGUUCUGGGCAACACCACCGCCAACCAGCACUGCAGUUUUUCCGAGCAUCGCAACAAACGUCUUCACAGUCUCCCCGUCCGAACGUCGCCUCGAGCACAUGCCCAAGGUCUACCCUCAGUCCACAUCACCCCUCUCAACGCCUCUCCGGGCCAGUUUCGUCACUCAUAUCUCGAGGAACCGUCAUUGCCGUCGUCGUCGUCGUCGGCGCACCAGCACCGCAAUGACACUGACAUGGACAUGGACGGCGGCGGCGGAGGGAUGCAACUCCACACCCAAUACUACCCGGCACAUCUAGAACCCGAGGUCGACCCCUCACGCCGCAUGCCCACACCUAUCCAGCCCAGCUUCGCCGCCCAGGUACGAGGCCAGCACAACGAAUGGGCCGGCAACGGCCUGCAACAUGACCCCUCAGCCGACCACCACUCAAUCCCGCGGACGAUGACCACCGGUGACGGGGAUUGGCAGGCCGUGCAGAAUAACCGACGCCUCCCUUCCCCCAUAUCGGAGUGCGAUGAUGCCAUGUCCAGCUCCGACAGCAACAGCAACAGCAACAGCAUGAACGGCAUUGCCCAUCACCACGCUAUGGAGCACCCCAAUGCCGUCAUGGACAUGGAAGGUCGCACGCCCUCGUACCAGCAGGACCCCGACGGCACUGGCGGCGACCCGGCUGGUCCUUCACCCGAGCGCAGAGGUCACAUACGCCACAAGCACACGAUCAACACCUGGACGUGGCAGCCGGGCAUGAAGAAGAGUUUCAGUGUGGGGUACCGUGCAGACUGCGAGAAGUGCAGGCUCAAGGUCCCGGGACAUUUCAACCACAUUGUCAUAUCAUAG